UUGCAGAACACACACAUGUCUGACCGUGAUGUGACAGUGUGUAAAAAUGAAAACCGGUGAUUUGAUUAGAUAUUUUUGUGCGAAUCCCGUAUCAACACAGAAAAGAAUUGGUUUUUCGUAGCGAUGACAAUUGCAUCACGUAUUAUAUUUGUUAUAAUGAGCACAUGGAAACUCAUACAACGUCGUUGUUACGACCUUCUUUCUCACAAAUCUUCGUUGCUUAUUGUUCUCGUUGCAUUCACUUGCAUCUUUGUUGGGAUUGUACACUUUGGAGAGGUUUGGCUCGCAUGGAGCAAAGAGAAGUACGAAGCAGUAUUUCAUUCCUUCAAUGACAACAUCCUUGGGACAUCGUUUCAAAAAAAGUUAUGUCAACAUGUACCAAUUGAUGUUGUCUAUACAUGGGUCAAUGGAACGGAUCCAAUUUUUACAGACAAUUUACAAAAAUAUGUUUCUGUAUCGAAUGUGAAUGCUGCAGUAUCCAGAUUUAAUGACAAAGAUGAAUUGAGAUACUCUUUGCGCUCUUUGGAAAUGUAUGCUCCAUGGGUUAGACACGUAUAUAUUGUGACUAAUGGGCAAAUUCCCAGCUGGUUGGAUAUGGAUAAUCCAAGGAUGACUCUCGUCACCCAUGACGAUAUAUUUCCUGAUAAAACGGAUCUUCCUACGUUUUCUAGUCCUGCUAUAGAGAGUCAUAUUCACAGAAUCCCCGGUCUUUCAGAUAAAUUUCUAUACUUUAAUGAUGACGUUUUUUUGGGUCGGGAAAUAUGGCCCGAAGACUUUGUGACUCAAGCCAAUGGUCAGAAAGUCUAUUUGGCUUGGUGGGUACCGGAUUGUUCAGAUGUUUGUCCAUGGGCCUGGGUAGGGGAUGGAGCGUGUGAUCCUGUAUGUAACACAACCAUCUGUGAAUUUGAUGGUGGAGACUGUGAUACAAAUCACAUACCAACAGACAGCGAAGGUUUCGAAGACGAAGUUGAUUAUCCAUACAAACUCUUACAAAAUGAUCAGCUCAAAAGUCACGAAGCCUCAUCUAAACUUGUAGAUAUUUUGAAGAAGAAAAAGAAAACGGGGAGAACCACUUUUCCAAUGAUGGAGAUGACUACGAUGACACUUGGAAUCUCGAGAAAUUUGAAAUCUUUGAACGGAAAAAUGUCUAAUUUCACUAGCACUUAUAGAACCGCGAAAGAAUUUUUUAAAAAUUAUGCUCCUAGCGAGAGUGUGACGAAACGUAAUAAAUUUACGGAUGAAAUCGAAUCCGCAGAGAAACGCUAUCGUAACGACGAUAUAAUAAACAUAGUGCACGUUCAGAAAGAAAAAUACAACAAAAUCAAACCGGUUCAUCAGUUCAAACACAAAUCACGGCGUUUGGACACUUACGCCGAAUCGUUAUUGUACGUCAAUAGAAUUUACAAUACGGCUUACGGGUUUGAGAGACGGAGAGUGCCUGCUCACAUGCCACAUCUUCUCGAUAAAUGGGUUAUCGCUGAAAUGCAAGAAAAAUUUGAUAGCGAAUUUAAAAAAACGUCGUCCCACCGAAUUAGAAGUUCGGAAGAUAUGCAAUUUGCAUUUUCUUACUUUUAUUAUCUCAUUAGUGAAAAACGUAAAGCUACUGUUGGCGAAAUAUUCGAGACGUUUGAUACCGACAAAUCGGGAACUUGGUCCGAUGGAGAAAUUAGAACACUGCUGACGAGAAUGUACAGUCUCCCGUUGGAUUAUAGUUACGUCACUGAAUUCGAGAGUGUCAUAACGAAUUGUUCAAGUCAAAUAGAGCUCGUCGUAAUACCGGAUCCGCCAUCGGGAGAACGAUAUUUGGACUCUACACUUCCGACUGUUUCGAAAGAACUGAUAAUAAAAUGUCAACCAAUUGCAAACAGACUUCUCAAAAAGUUUAGCGAUCGCAGACGUUACAGUCAUGAAAUUGUAAAAGCGAUAAAAAAUGAAAUUUUUGAGAUGUUGACGAGCAACAUUUCGGCUACAGUACAAAUUUUGGACGAAAUUCGCCGGGAACCAAAAAAAUUUAUAUGCCUCAACGACGAUAUGGAUCCAACGAGACGUGCCGAGAACGAAGUGAUCCGUGCACUUCUCCAUGACUUUUAUCGCUCGCUCUAUCCGUUGAGAAGUAGUUUCGAACUUCCGAUACAAUACAGAAAUCGUUUUUCGCACCGUCACGAACUUUUUGAAUGGCGAGCCGGUCGUAUGAGAGCGCGGAAUAUUCUAAUACUCUUCAUAGCUCUUCUACUUUUCAUUACGUUAUAUCACGUAUUUUAUAAUCAAAUGCGACGAUUGUUUCGCGUACGUUCGUUGCCAACUCUGCUCGUAUAACAACAUAUACAAAAGCUCAAUCUCAUUUACUUUUAUGGGUUUUUCAACGAAGGCAAAAAUCUAUAUGCAAAACAACAUACGAUGUUUGCUGUUUUCAACUUUUACGUCAGUUAAUAAUAAUUCUACAUUAUAUUGAUCUCGAACAAUCCUCAUGUAUGCUCAAAACAUAUUAGUAAUACGAAUAUUUGCUGUUUUAGAAUAGUUGGUUUGAGGUACAUAGAUUUCAUUUACAGAGGAUAUAAUUUUGCAUACAGGUUUUUGUCACAGGAGCUGAUAAUUUCUGAAAAUGCGUUUAUUAUCACUAAGGAAAACCCUAAACAUUCUAUAAUAUCAAUAGGAUUACUAUAAUUUUUGAAGAAUCAUGCAUUUCUGGGAAUGAAGAAACAGCAAAAACUGGAAAAGUCAUUUAAAUUGUGUUGAGUGUUGCGAGUCGACCUGUAUCAAGAAUAUUUCGAAAGCUCGACUUUGUUGGAAUAUUUCCCCACAAAUCUUUUGUGAUAAUGGUUCGUAAAAUGUUGUGAUGCAUAUUUAAUUAAACCAUAAUUUUUAUUUGUAUCCAAAGUGAUAUGAUUAUGAAAACAGGGCUCAAGUGUUGUAGGGAUUGUACAAUAUUUAAAGACACUAUUAAUUUUUUUUUACCAUGACAUUGUGACUGUUGUACCGACGAAAAGUCGUAUCUAUUCUCCAUUUGUCUCGAGUCUCAAUCUAGACGUUAGCGUACGUAAAUCUACUGGCAAAAGGUUAAGUGCAAAUUUUACAAAUACUAGUCACAUAAAGCCCGAGUACCCUGUACAUAUCGGUGAAUCAAAAUAUCAAAUGAUGUUGAAGUUUGCAUCGUUAACUAGAAAUGACGAUUUCUAUUUGUACGUAUAAUGGACAAUAUUUCAUCAACUUGAUGUAAUGUUAGCUCAUCUCACAUUUAUUAUGAGUUAUACAGAAGAAGAAUUUGGGGCAGUUCUCAUGUGAAUGGUCUUAAGUUGUAAAAAAAAUGUUUAAGUUUGAGCUUAUAAAUUUUAAACGCUCAUAGUUUAUUGAAAUUAUCAUGAACUCGAAUCAUUGUUAUUUUUGGCAACUGAUUUUAGAGAAAUCAGUAUCAAAGGCCAUUUCUAAAUGUGAAUAUGAGCUUUACGAUUAUGUCGAAAUACUACGUUUAUCUUAGGCACUGUGAUUGAUUCUGAUCACGUGAAGUGCUUGGCAGUAUAAUUUUUUAUUCGGAGACGUUGAAUUCAUAUGCAAAAUAUUUGGAAAGGUUUAAAAUAAUCGACUGUUGAAGAUGUUGUGGGUGAACUGUAUAAUUUGUCUUCUGUACCGUAAAUUAACCAAAUUUCCUGAUCGAUAAUGAAGUUGUGAUUCUCACACAAAGUUGACGAUUAAAUACUACGAAAGUGUUA